AGAGAGAGAGAGAGAGAGAGAGAGGGUACGGAUAAUACACAUUUGGAUUUUUGGGGGUUUUCUUUGUGCUAUUUUUGUUCAUUGCAUGCGUUGAAUUGUUGAGAUAAUUACGGUUUGAAUGGUAUCCUCAAACAAAGGCAAAGGUGGAUGCUUAAUCUUAAUCGAUCGUCUCCUUGUCGGCGAUGUCUAAACACAACAAGGAACGAACUCUCAAUGACUUGUACAAUGUGACUUUCACUCUCCCCCAACCUAAGAUCACCACUGUGUUGAGAGGAAGCUAUCGAAUGCAAGGGCCGUUUGAUGAACCUAUAUGUAACUCCCAGACGUAUACGGUGUCAACUAAAGUCAGUAAGGAAUCCAUUCGGUGUCCUCGGAAUCCGAGUGUUGGUGGAAGACUAGUCUCCGGGUCGUGUAACGUGUGUUCUACUCCUUGCUCAUCUUGUUUUCCUACUAGUCAAAGUCUCAUGGAGUCAACAGUUGAUGAGUUUUCCGGGGAAACCGGUAUGAUAAAUAGUUUAAGUUUCUCUGUCAAUGAUGUUUCAUCUUCUAAUAAGACGAGAAAAUGUGAAAUUAGACAGAGUAGUGAAAUAAACAGUGCAAUCCGCAUUAGUUCGAGUAACUUAUCUUUUUCUGCAAAUGCUGAAAUUAAAGCAAAUGCAAGGACUUCUGAUGUUUCAUCCGCUACUUCAGAUGGUGCAGCGUUUUCAAAGUUAAAGGAUCCCAAAUCUCUUGAAGGCCUUGAUGACAAUAUAUCAUGUGUCGUUAAAGCCGACGAAGCUAAUAAAUUGUCCAGCUCCAGUAAGAUGAGCGAAGACAGAAGUCUACAGUGUUCUUGUACUUCUAGUGGAAAAACAAUAAAUAAUCAAACUUCUGCUGGAUGUGUACAUGUGAAAAAUGAGGCAGAUGAUAGUCCAAUUGACCAUAGUGGGCGAAAUGAAAGUAAUGGUGAGGCGAAUAAUAAGGCAUCUAUGGGGGAAACAUCUUCAAGAAACGCACAUAGUAUAGGAGACUAUUUGGAAAAUAACCAUUCAUCAAGAAAGAAUGAUGUGGCAUCUGAAGCUUCUGGCGAUCUACCUGCUGAUACUUGUCCUGAGAAGGAUGACCAAAAGAGUGUUGGAUCACCCGUUUCGUCUGAUACAAAGGAUGCUCUACAAUCACAUCAAAUGGAUGGGAGUGAGGAUUCUGACAUUGAGGAGCAAGAUGUGAAAGUUUGUGAUAUAUGUGGGGAUGCUGGUCGGGAGGAUUUACUUGCCAUAUGUUGCAAGUGUACAGAUGGUGCGGAACAUACGUAUUGCAUGCGGGAGAUGUUACAAAAAGUUCCAGAGGGGGAUUGGAUGUGCGAGGAAUGCAAAUUUGACGAGGAAAUGAAAAAUCGGAAAGGUGAUAAAUCUGUGAAGUUUGAUGGAUACAGAAAAAGUUAUCUUACUGGACAAACUGCUAUUGAUGAUACAGGCGUCACAAUAAAAACGGAAGCAAAACCUUCUGAUGUUGAUGGGGAAACAGCUUCUGAUACUAAAAUUUCUGGCAAGAGGCGUAUGGAUGAUAGUGAAGUUUCUUCUGUGGCAAAGAAGCAGGCCUUUGAGCCAGCUUCGGGAUCACCAAAAACACUAAGUCCCAACAGACUUAUUGCACUUUCCCGUGAAAGUUCAUUUAAUAACUCAGAUAAGGGGAAGUUGAAAUCCAUUAAUCAGAUCUCUUCUGGAGGUCUUUCUGUUCAUGAUACUCCAGCGUGGGGUUCACGACUACAAACUGCUAGAGGUACCUUUUCAAAGUCUAAUUCUUUCAGUUCCCUGGCUGCAAAACGAAAAGUGCAACUUGUAGAUGAAGGUUUCCUGCCGAAGCAGAAAUUGGUUAGAGAAUCUGCUGGUCUUGAUGCGAAAGAGAGUUCGAUCCGAUCAAUGAGCAAAUCUAUGUCAUUUAGAUCCAUAAGCACAAGCCGCAACAAUGUCUCUGAAGCAAAGGUUAAGAUGUUAUCCCCUAAGUUUUCCCCUGCUCAGGACAAAGGACAAAUGCAGACAAAAGAACGAAAUCCAUUUGAAAGGAAGAGUUCUUUUAGAUCAGAACGUUCUUCUGGUACUUCUGUUCCUUCUAAAACCGAGCAAAGAUCAGCAUUUCGAGGUGACCCUUCUCCACUUUCUUCCUCAAGUAAUAACUGUGAUUCUAGACCAGGUCAGCUUGACAGCAAACCUGUGUCAUUAUUGAAAUCAUCUGGUGCUGUUGCUCGUAGGACUCCAGAAGUAUCUGUUCAUUCAGAUGAAGCUAAGAAGCAGAUAUCACUCACAUCCAUCUCCACUGGAGUUUCCGCUGCCAAUAAAAUUAGUAGCUCUGAUCAGAGGCCUAACCAGAGUAAUGCAAGGGGUGAUCCUUUGUCGAACUCUUAUAUUGCUGAGAGACCAACAUCUAACGCUGGCGAAGGUCUGUUAGAUGGGGUGUCCCAGCAGAGGGAAACAAAAAAUGUUGGUGAGAGAAUAAGGGAGAAUUCUGGGAGACGCUUAAAACACAGUGGAACUGGUACGAAGUCACUUUUCUGCCAGAGGUGUAAAGGAAGCGGUCACUUGACAGAAAGUUGCACUGCUGACGGGCCUGAUUUAUCCACUUCUGAUGUUUCUGCUGUAAAAAAUUCUAGAGAGGCCCCAAAUGGCACCAGCGAUCUGAAAGCUGCAAUUGAGGCUGCUAUGCUAAGGAAGCCUGGAAUUUGCCGUAAGAAUAGGGUUUUUGAUCAGUCUGAUGAUUUAGCUAUGUCAAACACAAAUUCUGAAACAAUGGCUCAAGAUCUACUAUCUGGUUCGAGUGGCAGAAGAAUUUUACCUACUAAUGAAGAAGUCUAUGGGGUUUCAUCGAACUCUAUGGCUGGCUCCUAUAAACAGGAAAUCAGCAGUAUGAGGCAGCUGUCAGUGCUUCCCGCUGAAGCUCUUAGCAGAGCAGGGAAUGCGGUCCCUAUUCUUCCAUCUGACGAAAAGUCUUCACUUGUUGAUUUAGAUAGAUAUUCUCAAGCAGCAGUCGCAAUACUUUCGAGGACAGCAAUUCCAGAGCAUGAAUAUAUAUGGCAGGGUGCUUUUGAGGUUCAGAAUAGUGGGAGAACUCUUGACUUAUGUGAUGGAAUUCAGGCUCAUUUAUCAAGUUGUGCAUCACCCAAAGUUCUUGACACAGUAAACAAAUUUCCUCAAAAGGUCCUCUUUAACGAGGUUUCACGAUUGAGCACUUGGCCAAUACAAUUUCAGGAGUAUGGUGUUACAGAAGAUAAUAUUGCACUGUUCUUUUUUGCUAAAGACAUUGGGAGCUACGAGAGGUGCUAUAAAAUUUUGCUGGAGAAUAUGAUUAGGAAUGACAUGGCUCUCAAAGCGAAUCUUGAAGGUGUUGAGCUGCUGAUAUUCCCAUCUAACCGGCUUCCUGAAAAAUCUCAACGGUGGAAUAUGAUGUUCUUCCUAUGGGGUGUCUUUAGGGUAAAGAAGGCAAGUUAUGUGCAACAUAUGCAGGCAACUGGAAAGCCAUUUCCUGUACCCCAGGAUAUUCCAAAGUCAAGCAUGCCUUUUCCAGAGAAUGUACAUUGUCUCGGCCCUGUCGACAAUGCUACGAGUGAUAAUGUUUCCAUGGAUGGUGAGGUAAUUGCUUCAAAGGAGUCUGGUUGUCCAAUGGUCAAUGGAAAUGUUGAUUCGAAAGCGUCCCAAGUGUGCAAAGGUGACUCUGUAGCCGUAAACGUGGAGAACCUGGAGCCUAGCUCCGUCAGAAUUGUACCAACUAGCCACUUGAAUUCUUCCCCAGGGAGGAGACGAUAUGGCAUUUUCCAGGUUGGAGAUGCUGGACAGGAAUGCAAAUCGGAAUUGCAAAGUAGUUCUACUCCAGCUGCCAAUACUUGGGCAAAUGUUAGUACAACUGAACCAGUGCCAAUGGAAUGUGGUUCUUUAGUUGAUAGACAGAGGCCAUUCCAUUCUGUUGAUGAAGCUCCAGGCCGUAUGCAGGAGAAAGCUUAUAUGGGCAGCACUGAGAGGGGCUUCUGUAGCAAAAAUGGUAGGAAAUUUGAGAUAAAUCUGGAGGAUGAGUAUAAGGAUGAAGAAGCAUCUGAAACGAGCGGAAGUGCAACUACUGAACCAACACGGAAGGUGCUUAAUAGUGAUAUGCUGAACCACCUGAAACGUCCACGUUCUGUGGAGACAGUGAUGCAAUCUGUCGACUCUGGAGUUAAUUUGGCAACCCGAAGUUUUAAUGAUAAUGACAUUGUAGUUGAAAAGGCACACUACGACAAAAAAUUGAAGACUAGUGUUGGUGGAUCAUAUGGUAAUAGCGAGCAAACUAGUUGUUCCAGUGAUGAUUUUUUGUCACGGAUGCAUGGUUCCUCUUAUGGACCCUAUCUUCCGGAUACAGGGUGUGAUGAAGCUCUGAGUAAAGCAGCUAUCCCGGAGUGCUCAGGGAAUGCUGCAAGAUAUUUCUUCCCUGUUGAUCCACAUCCUGUUGAGGCUAGCUCAGUGCCUUGGCAAAGGCAUCAUUCAGAUAAUGAUCGGCUUAGUGAUAGAGUCCCUAAUCUUGAGCUAGCGUUAGGUGGUGAGUCAAAUUCACUGACACAGGGAAUCCCACCCUUUUUAGUUGGGAAAGUAGACAAGAAAAUCAUUCAAGACCAAGGUGCUGAGACUCAUUUGCUGACUCAGGGAAUCCCACCCUUUUUAGUUGGGAAAGUAGACAAGAAAAUCAUUCAAGACCAAGGUGCUGAGACUCAUUUGCUGACUCAGGGAAUCCCACCCUUUUUAGUUGGGAAAGUAGACAAGAGAGUCAUUCAGGACCCUUCUUCAGCUAAGGAAGCAAUUAGAGUGGAGGAGGUGGAGGAUGUCUCUGCUUCUCUCUCCCUUUCUCUUUCAUUUCCUUUCCCAGAAAAGGAACAGCAAAAAGGUUCUGUUUCACAAAAUGAGCAGGCAAUGCCUGAAACAAGACGAGGUAAUACACCUCUGCUUUUCUUUGGGGGGCUUGGCAACAAGUAGGGUGAGAUUACCAAUAACGGUGUACAUUAUAGUUAUUCACAUGGAUGCGGUAGGUUUACAACAUGUUCAUAAGGAUACAGGGUUUAUAAUUUUGUUAGGUGUUUCUGGUCUCAAUUUUUAUUUAGCUUGCAAGUGCAGAGUGACGGCCCUUUGUAAAUAUAAAGAGGAUAUUAGCCGUUAUGGGCUCUGGUACCAUAGAAAAGUUAACAUUUCCGCGCUGCUUCAGUGUUAUUUCUUUUAAUUAUGAAUCAUCUCCCAGUGACCUCCUUUUAUGAAUAAACGCAGUUUCUGGCUUUCUGAA